UGACGUCGGUCCUGUUCUGAGACGCAUCAUUUGGCAACCCAUCACAGUUCCUCUCCAGCGAAGCUAAGCUACAACCCUACUGCGUUUCCCAUCACUGCUGGAUAGCGCACUACAACCCUAGGAUCGCCAGGCAAAAAAAUAGCGUGGGCAAUAUAUUAAACAUCUCAGGGGUGUAACAGAGGAGGGAAGGUGCACUCAGGAUGGUUACCAUUCCAGAGUACUACGAGGGAAAAAAUUUUCUCAUCACAGGGGCCACAGGCUUUAUGGGGAAAGUACUUCUGGAGAAGCUGCUACGCUCUUGUCCUGGUGUCAAAGCUGCCUAUGUGCUUGUCCGGCCCAAAGCAGGACAGGCGCCCACUGCCCGUAUUGCUGACAUGAUCAACUGCAAGCUUUUUGACAGACUGCGAGAGGAGCAGCCCGAUUUCACAGAGAAGAUCGUGGCGGUCAACAGCGACCUGACGCAGCCAGAUCUGGACCUUAGCAUAGAAGACCAGGAGACCCUCAUGGGCUGCAUUAACAUAGUGUUUCACUGCGCUGCCACUAUCCGCUUCAACGAGCCUCUGAAAGAUGCCAUGCAGUUGAAUGUACUGGCCACGCAGAAGAUGCUUAACUUGGCUCACAGAAUGAAGUAUUUGGAUGUGUUUAUCCACGUGUCCACAGCCUACGCCCACUGUGACCGAGAGCUAAUUGAAGAGGUGGUCUAUCCACCACCUGUCGAUUACAGGAAGCUCAUAGACACACUUGAGUGGAUGGAUGACAAACUCGUCUCUUUAAUGACACCGAAGCUGUUAGGUGAGCGGCCUAACACAUACACUUACACUAAAGCCUUGGCAGAACACCUCAUCCAGCAGGAGUGUGGAAACCUCAACGUCGCCAUCGUCAGGCCCUCGAUCGUAGGAGCUAGCUGGAAGGAGCCGUUCCCCGGCUGGAUAGAUAAUUUCAAUGGGCCGAGCGGGAUAUUCAUCGCUGCAGGAAAGGGGAUUCUACGAACAAUGAGGGCUUCAAAUAACGCUGUCGCUGACCUCGUGCCAGUUGAUGUGGUCAUAAACACCACUUUGGCCGCCGCCUGGUAUUCCGGUUCCCAGAGACAUGCCAGGCCGAGAAGUAUGUUGGUGUACAACUGCACGACGGGCGGGAUCAAUCCAUUUCACUGGGGUGAAGUUGAAUACCAUGUUAUAUCCACUUUCAAGAGGAACCCCCUCGAGCAGGCAUUCAGGCGGCCAAAUGUAAAUCUCACAACCAAUCACCUUAUCAAUCAGUACUGGAUUGCUGUAAGCCACAAGGCGCCAGCAUUCCUAUAUGAUCUCUUCCUAAGGAUGUCAGGAAGAGAGCCAAGGAUGAUGAAGACAAUCACUCGGUUGCACAAGGCCAUGAUGGUGCUGGAGUACUUCACGAGUCACUCAUGGUCCUCGCGGAGCCACUCAUGGGUGUGGAACACAGACAACGUCACCAUGCUCAUGAACCAGAUGGGAUCUGAGGACAAGAAGGUAUUUAAUAUUGAUGUCAGACAGUUACACUGGGCAGAAUACAUGGAGAAUUACUGCAUGGGCACUAAGAAGUAUGUUCUCAAUGAAGAGUUGUCAGGACUCCCAGCGGCACGCAAACACUUGAACAAGCUGCGGAACAUUCGCUACACUUUCAACACCAUCUUGGUAGUCUUAAUCUGGCGCAUUUUCAUCGCCCGUUCGCAGAUGGCCAGAAACAUCUGGUACUUCGUCGUCAGCUUGUGCUUCAAGUUCCUCUCCUAUUUCAGAGCCUCCAGCACCAUGAGAUACUGAAUCCACCCCAACUGUCCUUUCCCACCCCUCUUUCCCACCGGCUAUGCACACACUUCUGCUUUGCGACCCUCCAGAAUCUGAGGGUCAAGCAUACGGGCGUAGUAUCCGCAAUCCUCCCCUCCUGCGCAAGUGCGCCCUCAACAUCACAGGGUGCAAGUGCACUCAUCUGCUAUGUAGAAAGCAUGAAUUUUCAGGGCUCGAGGUCUAAGAAGCUCUCUCUGCACAAUGAGAGUGACUUCGUUCGUGCCGAGCGUGUUUGAGCACUUACUGUACCUGUUCCGCCUCCUGAAUGCAAACAGGUUGUGGGCGACUCUUGAUUAUUAUGGGUUACAUACCUGCUCAUACUUGUUGGCGGCAUUGGCCCCUUUCCAACUGUAAUCAAUGAAGCACAAGAAGAAAAAAAUGAGAGAUGGCUUUGUCUCAUCUCUGUGCCUAAAUUCAAAAAUUACAUUCAUCAUGUGCCCCAUGUCUUUGUUAGAUUCAUGUCUUUUGCCUUACUUUUUUCCUAUACUCUCACCAUCUUUGAGUUGAAAGUGUUUGACGUGUCACCAAAAAAUAAGCGUCUGGAGUGUCUGAUUCCUGGCCUUAUGUUUGUCUUCACAAUGUCAUCUUCAGUCAAUACCAAAAUGUCAUCUUGAAAUACAUUUUUAUGUACUACUUAACGUUAGGUUGGGUUUUUGUGAAAGCAGUCAACUGCUUUUAGUCAAUCAUUUCUCUGAUAUUAAUAAACUUGUUCGUUUUCCUCAGAAAUGCUAGCAAACGCAAGCAUCAGUUUGUUCACCUGCUUAAACCUUUUACGAAUUAUGAGGCUUAUUAAUAAAUAUGAGCAGACGGGUUUGCGUCGACACGACAGUUCGUAAAGCCAUUGACGUUAUACGAACAAUUUACAGAUUCGUUCCGCUCGUGAUUAAAGCGCGAUAAUUGUUUCUUGCCAUAACUUAUUAGUGUUCAGGUAAUGGGCUUUUGUAUAUAAAACAUGUUAUCUUUUGUGUAAAGCUGUCUGAGAAAACCAAAUAUGUCGGCUUAUAUGUAGGCUAAUUUAAUGUCUUUACGUUCUUUAGCGCUUUGAGUGCAAUAUAUCAGAGGAGGGUGAUGAAUCAAUUUAACUGGACUGUGUGUUUUUCUUUCCUUUUUUUCACUCAGAUUGUUCUGUCAACUGUCUGAAUGUUGAAGUAAUGUGAAAGAGCUAAUGGAUAUAUGUUUUCUAAAUCAUUCUGUUUAGAUAAAGCACUGAAAUUUAACCUUGUCUGCUACUAAGUAUUUUCCAUGUUUGAAAUAAAUAGGAACGGAAGUGAUUGUUUAUGACGCAAAAUGACAAGUGAAAUGAAGAGAUGUAAAUGCACCAUAUAGGCUACUUUUAUGGUCACACAUGCUUCGAUCACAAUGUCAAGUUAUGUUUGUCAUACAAGCCGAUGUCUUUGCACAGCUAAAUAUCAUACCAGGAAACGCUAGUUGAUGGAUAUUGUUACUAACUGUGUGGAAUAUAGAUUAACUAUUCUGUCUUUUCUAUUAAUGAUGAACUGAUUAAAAAAAAAU